CUUGAAAGGAACAUCACAAAUAUUAGUAUUUAUAAUGAUGUUGGUGAUGAUAAUGAAUGUUGUUAUGGGUUCAACGCCAUCACCAUCGGAACAAAAUGAUACAAAUAAUCAUCCAAUAUUAUAUAGAUUAUUCAUGUUAUUAGCAUCAUUAGUAGUUAUUGUUGGAGGAUGGUACAUUUUACUUCAUUACUUUUUAAUUAGAUUUAAAAUUGUUAGAGAAUUACUUGGAAUGGAAAAGAAACAAAUACCAAAAGUUAUCAUUAAAAAGACUCCAAGAGUUCCAUCCAUUUCCAAUGAUGAAGAAUAAGAUUUAAUGUCUGUGUUAUUACAUUUAUAUUGGAAAAUAAAUUUAUUGGAAAGAAGAAGGAGGUAGUGGAGAAUGUUUAAAUCAUCAACAUGUUUUUCGCCUUUUGAUGAUCGCCGAUUAAGGUUUUGAUCAUGUCCACACAAACUCUGAACUCAUUUAACCAUUCGAUUAUCACCACUACCACCUCUGUAUCUCCUCCUCCCUCAUUAAGUAUCAUCAUCACAACGAAAGACAUAGUCAACAAUAAAAAGAGUUGUAAUAAGGUUAUAUUCCCGACGAAAGGAUUGAAAUAUCCAAAUAUUUGAACUCUAUCAUCAAUACCACAGCUGUGACAACAAAUCCAAUAUAAUAUUAAUCGGCGAUUCGUUAAGUAAUUCCUCCUCCAAAACAUUAAAUUUGACCGCAUUACACUCUCUCAUGUGUCAAUUCAGACAUUUUACCAACUCAAAAAGAAUCAACCUAUUAUGCUUACUCAACAACAACAACAGCAACAACAAAUCUAUUUACAUCAACAACAACAACAGCAACAACAAUUAAUGUUAUCUAGUACUGGUGGUACUCCUAACAAUAAUUGUAAUAUUAGUAAUAGUAGUGGUAGUAAUAUUUCAAGUACUACUGGUGGAACAUCCACAAGUAGUAAUAAUUCUGAAAAUACUUGUUGUAAUAAUAGUGGAUAUUAUGCAUUGAUUGGUAAUCAAUUUCAAUCUCAGCAACAACAACAACAGUAUCAUCAAUCUUAUUUGAAACAAUCUAAUAAUAAUAAUACAAUUACUAAUAAUGGAAAUUUAAUUUCUAAUAAUCCAACACUAAAUACUAUAUUAAGUGAUCCAAAUGCUUUUCCUUCUCUUUCACAACUUGUACAAUCUCAAAAUAAUCAAUCUUGUCAAUCCUGUAUGACUCCUAUUAAUAAUUCUAAUAAUAAUAUAAAUAAUAAUUCCAUAAUUGGAAAUUCAAGUCCACAUAAAUAUAGUAAAUUACAAUGUACUGAACAAUCAAUAUUAUUACAAAGAUGUCCAAAUAGUGAUUAUAAAUUUAUUCAUGAAUUUGGAAAUGACUAUAUAAGUAAUAAUGUAAUUUUUAAAAAAUUUUCAAAUCAAGAUGUAGAAAAUAUUUAUCAAUAUUUUAAACAAGGAAUUAAAUUACAAAAUAAGACUUGUAAAAAUUAUGUAUUUGAACAAUGUUUCGAUGGGCAGGAAGCAUUUUUACUUUUACAAGAAAUAUUACUUUCCAAAUUUAGUAAUUUAAAUGAUAUUCCAAUUGCUAAAUUAGCAUUACAUUUAGGUCAAUUUUUAUUAACCAUUGGAAAAUUUAAUCAUGUUUGUAAAGAACAUUGUUUUAAAAAUGUUAAUUUAUUAUUUUAUCAAUUUUCUAAUUUUAAUAUUUUACAUUUUAAUGAAUUAAAAGUAACAAAUUCACCAAAUUGGUAUUUAAUUUAUCCAAAUAUAGAUUCAUUUAUUGUCCAACAAUCAAAUAAUACUGUACAAUUAUUUCAAUGUAAUGUUCCAAUUAGAGAACAAUUUUCACCUAUUUUUAAUAGUAUUUCCAUUUUAGAAUUAAAAGAAAUUUUAUUAUCAGAAGUAUUACCAUAUGAGGAAGGUGUUGAAAUGUUAUGCAGAAAUGAUGAUAUUAAUUUAUUUACUUUUUUACAAAAAACAAAAUUUCAAGAAUAUCCUGAUUAUAUUACAAUUCAAUUAUUAUCAGUUCAAUCUUCAAUUCAAAAAAGUACAAUUGCUAUUUAUAGUAGGUGUAAAUAUGGUUAUUCUGAUUGGGGUAAUAAUAAGGAGAGAGUUAAUAAUUGGAUUUCAAAAAUUGUUUCAACAUGUCAAACUCAUGUCAUUUCAAGAAAAUGUUCAAUUUAAUGUAAAAUAAAAACAAUUUAAAUUAAU